AUCUCACGCCAACGCGUCGCUUCGCUCCGACCCUCGCGGCGCCGGGGAUCGUUGCUUCGCGAGACGUAGGUACGCGCAGACAUCCUGAGUUGAUACACAGUCAGCGGUUGGGGAAAAAAUGGCGAUGAUGCUCGUCAGGAGGGUGGCGCAACGCGCGUUGGUCCUGGCGUCGGAGUCGCGCGGGGCCUGGGUUGGAUCGAUGCGAACCUUCGCGGCACACUCCGGAGAUUCGGGAUCCGACGACGACGCCAACCCAGACGUGGACACGACUUUCAACGAGAGGAAGGAUGCCUGGUCCGAUCGCAGACGGGAGUGGAACAAGGAGCUCAACGCGCAGCGGAAGCAGUGGGCCGCCGAGUUCGCCGCCGAGGCCAAGCAGGAGGAGGAGCGCAUGAAGGCGGAGCGCGCGAGGAUCGAGGAGGAAAAGGCGGAGCGUCAGAGGCUCAAGGGCAUCAGGAGGGAGGAGAGGGCGAAGGCCGCGGCGGACAGGGAGAAGAUCAGGCUUCGCUUGAAGGAGCGCGAGCUGCGCAUCAAGAACGUUCGGAGGCAGCAAAAGGAGUUCGUGGCGCACCUGCGUCGGACGGCGCGGGAGGAUCAUCUGCUGAACGCUAGCAGCAAGUGGGUGACGAGGGAGCAGCUCGAUUCGCGCAUAGAACGCGCGCUGAAGAACCCCCGCGAGCUGUACCCCAGCUCGCCGAUGUGGACGAAUCCAUUUUUUUAGUGCUUGGCCAGCUGUGCUGGAACUUUCCUAAGAGUAGAUCAUGUCAC